UUUGAUUGUUAUUAUAAAUCCCUUUAAACCUUCUUUACCGAUUUUACAAUGCAGAUUUCUUUAUCGACUAUGUCUUACCUACUGAUUUUUUUAUUGAUACUAAUGACCUACCUUACCGACAGUAGAUCUAAAGAAUAUAUUGAAUUUAAAUGCUCAUAUGAUUUACAAUGGUAUGAUUAUCUUUCUUUAGUGUUGACGUUAUAAAAAGUACUACUAAAGUAAUAGUAACAAUAUUUUUAAUUUGAGAUAAUGGAUUGUAAUAGAUUAAUAAAAAGAACUCGAUAAAAAAUUAAACUACCAGAGAGCGCGAGUGAUUUUAAACGUAUAUACAGUAACCUAAAUCUAAUCAAUAUGUUAAAAUAGUUCACGAGUAAUGACCACAUGGUGUGUAUUAGACUUCAAAGAUGACAGUGGACAAUUUAAUUUAAUAAUAAAGUUUGAUAUUAUUUUAUAAAAAGUAAUUAUUUGUUUCUAUAAUAUUUCUAGAGAAAUUCUUAGCCCUUAGUUGAAAAGAGUAAACAAUAUUAUUUAUAUAAUGAUUUUCUUAAAGAUUAGUUUAUUUUUUGGGCUUCUAAUACUCGUAAGUGGUGCACGAGAAUAUAAGAAAAAGGAUUUAAUCGCUCUGAGGGAAGAAGUGCGAUCAAUGUUUGAUCAUGCAUAUUCUAGCUAUUUAUCUUAUGCAUAUCCUUAUGAUGAAUUAAGAUCACUUAGCUGCGAUGGUUUUGAUACUUGGGGUAGUUUUUCAUUAACAUUGAUCGAUGCAUUAGAUACCUUAGCUGUGAUGGGAAAUUUCUCUGAGUUUCGUCGUGUCGCUGAGAUUAUAAGCGAAAGAGAAAAUUUUGAAGCUAACAUUAAUGUAUCUGUUUUUGAAACAAAUAUUCGAGUUGUUGGUGGACUUUUGAGUGCUCAUUUAUUGUCACGCAAAGCAGGUGUACCUUUAGAACCAGGAUGGCCAUGUAAUGGUCCAUUGUUACGUCUUGCUGAAGAUAUGGCCAAAAGAUUGCUCCCUGCUUUUGAUACACCAACAGGAAUGCCAUAUGGGACUGUUAAUUUGAAGUAUGGUGUUCCUGAGGGAGAAACAAGUAUUACUUGUACAGCUGGAAUUGGUACCUUCAUUUUAGAAUUUGGUACACUUUCUCGCUUAACCGGUGAUCCCAUUUACGAAGAAGUUGCUAUCAAUGCUUUGAAAGCAUUAAAUCAUUACAAAUCUAAUAUUGGAUUAGUUGGUAAUCAUAUAGAUGUAUUGACUGGUCAUUGGACAGCUCAGGAUUCUGGAAUCGGUGCAGGAAUCGAUUCAUAUUUUGAGUACUUAGCAAAAGGAACACUAUUGUUUCAGGACCCAUGGCUAGCUGCAAUGUUUCAUGAACAUAAAGCUGUUGUAGAAAAGUACAUUCGCAGAGAAGAUUGGCAUUUAUGGGUUUCUAUGACAAAAGGUCAAGUUACUUUACCUGUGUUUCAAUCCUUAGAUGCUUAUUGGCCAGGUGUAUUAAGUCUAUUCGGAGAAAUAGGAGAUGCAAUGAGAUCUUUACACAAUUACCAUCGUGUUUGGAAACAGUUUGGUUUUACUCCUGAAUUUUAUAAUAUUCCCCAAGGUGAAGCUGGAACAAACAGAGAAAGUUAUCCAUUGAGACCAGAACUUAUAGAAUCUGUAAUGUAUUUAUAUAGGGCUACUGGAGACCCGUAUUUAAUUGAAGUAGGAGUUGAUAUACUCAGAAGUCUACAGCAUAGUGCCAAAACUAAAUGUGGUUAUGCAACUAUUAAUGAUGUACGUGAUCAUCGGAAAGCAGAUAGAAUGGAAUCUUUUUUCCUUGCAGAAACAACUAAAUAUUUGUACCUUCUCUUCGAUCCAGAUAAUUUUAUUCACAAUAAUGGACAAGAAGGAGAUAUCAUAAAAACACAAUGGGGUCAUUGUAUCGUUGAUUCAGGAGGAUAUGUUUUUAAUACAGAAGCACAUCCCAUUGAUCCUGGUGCAUUAUAUUGCUGUCGCAGGAUACAAAAUAUAUUACCGGAUAAAAUGUCAACUUCAGAUAAAUUUUUUACUAAAAACGAUCAGAAAGAAGAAUACAAUUCAAAAGAUAGGAUUCAUGAAGAAGAUAAUGUACAUAAAAAUGACACUAAUAAUUUUGUAGAAAUUAUUAAAUUAUCACAAUUGAGACAUAAGCUGAUGAACGAAGUAAAAACUACUAAAAAAUAUGAAAAUGUUGAAACAUUAUUUAUGCAAGAAAUUGUUUCUGAAAAUGUUUCAAAAAAUGAAGAUGAAACUAAUAAAAAUAUAACGCUUCAAUCAGAUUCUGCAAAGAUGCAAGUUAUGGCACCUCCAAAUGUAAUUUAUAAGGCUGAUGAUAGUGAAAACGCAGAUACUUUUGAGACACCCAUUACUUCAAAUGAUCAAUAUGACUCUACAACUAUUCAGAAUAAUACAAAACUACCUAAAACAACAGUUAGCAAUCACAUUACAAAAUUUGAACCACAAAUUAUGUUAGAAAAUAUUAGAAAGAAAAAUAUGUAUCCAACGAAUACUACAGCAAAAUCAAUGUAUCAGAUUUUGUCCUGCCAGUCGCAACCAUUCCUACAACGAAUAGCUAUCAUAGGAGAAUUUUUUUAAAUACUUAUUUCAAUAAUUUUACUCGUGUAUAACUUUCUAUCUCUAAUUUUGUUCGUUUAACAACAAGCCUCUUUCUAUAAUUUUAUUGUUAUUUUA